CCCAUCUCCUCCAAGAUGAAGACAUUCGUCGCCGCUGUCUGCGCCCUCCUAGUCUGCAGCAUUUACGCUGACAAGAAGGACGAGAAGGUCGAAGCACGCGGUGGCCUCUUGGGCGCUGGUCUCGGUGGCUACGGCGCCGGUGUCGGAGGACCCGGUCUUGUCGGUGCUGGUCUCGGAGGCGUUGGUCUCGGCGGACAUGGAGGAGGCUUCCAGUCCGGCUACGGCUCUUCUGCCGGUGGCCACCAGGGUGGAUUCCAGCGUGGCGCUGGCGGGUAUAACCAGGGCUCAGGAGCAUUCGCUGGCGGUGCCUCCAACAGGAAUGUGAACGCCUACAACGACAACAAGGGCUACAGCCACAGUUCGGGCUUCUCGUCCUCUGACAGCAAGAACUUCGGCUCUGGACACAAGCAGGGAUCAUCUGGCUUCCAAGGUGGCGCUGCCGGACAGCAGGGAGGCUUCGGACAGCAGUCAUUCGGACACAACGCCGGAACCGGCUACGGUGGCGGAUACCUUGGAUAGAUAGUGUAUGCUUUACGAGAAGUGCGUCGAUGGCUUAUACCCCAGGAAGAUCGGAGGUGGAAAUAAACGGCCAUUUUUCUUGAGAACAAAUG